GUAUGGCAGCACUGUUUCUGAUGAAACAUGUGAUUGGUAACAAUGAUUCGUGAAACGAAGAAGGUGUUUUCUAGAUCUCAGUGAUAUUGUUUAAAGUUAAGCUUUAUAAGUAAUAUAAGUGAAAAUAAACAAUACGAUAUAAUGUUGUGCUUUGCAUAUAGAAUAAUCAGUAAUCGCAAUAUCGUUUAGAUCUUAAGAAUAAUAGAAUUUUUACAUCAAAUCCCACCAAGCGGCCAUAUUUGUCUAGAUAUUGUUUAGUACUUCUCCAGAUUAUUGAAGAUUAACAAAAAUGGCUGUUGAUUUACCUCAUCCGAUUAAAAUAGAAGAUACAUCUUUUAAAACAGAAAUCAUAGAUUUAGAUGAUUAUGCAUCUCCAGAAGAAGCAGUGCUGAGAUGGCAUAUUAAAGUUCGCAACCAGUUUAAAACUUUAUAUGGAGAUGAAAAUGAGGAUACAUUAAAUCAUUUAAUGAAAUGGUAUAUUGAGACUUUGGUUGAAGAUAGUUUUGAAAUUGAAGUUUGCCAAUCAUUUAUUAAAAACAUGUGCAAACACAUCCAUUUUUUUCAUGGUUAUUUCAAGGAGUUGCAUUGGAUCUCUGUUGAUAAUUAUUUGGAUAACAUGGAAGAUAUUUUAGCAUUAUAUUUGGAUUUUGAAUGUGAUUUUUACACAAAGAAUCCUAAAAUGGAACAAAAUGUUUGUAAAAAUUUAAUAAAGAAUUUAAAAAUCUAUUUGAUGCAUAAGGAGGAUAGAGUAUUUCAUGUUUUGUUAAAAAUUAAGUUAAAUUUAACUUCGAACAAGUCACAGUGGUUUCUGGAUAAUCUUUUUAAAACUGUAUUGAGUCCUGUUCCAAUUAAUACCUCAGAUGUUGCUUUCUGUCGAGCAUAUAUUUUACAUCAAAGAUGGAAGAAGGUCCAGAGUCGUCCAGAAAUGCACAAGACGAUUGAUGAAUUGUUGUACAAACAUUAUCAUCAAACACCUAAUGCAAUAAACACGAAUCCAAUUCUAAAAGAAAUCCUUCUGCCACAAAAUGAUUCUUUAUUAGAUAUAUUGGCUCACAUAAUGGAAAAUGAUAAAAUUUUGUGUGAAUCAUAUUUUAAAUAUAUAAAGAAACAAAGAGUUCAGGAAGAUCUCAUAGGUGAAGUCAGUAAGAUAGAAUUGGAUGAACUAGAUUCAUCUGCAUCAUAUAAUGUAGAGGAGGAUCAUGGGACAACAGACUCCGAAACACUAAAUGUAUUUGAAAGUAUAGUAAAAGUAAAUUCACAGAAAAAUAAUGAUUGUGUAGUUGAAGAUGUAAUUAAAAUGGAAGACAGUGAUGAAGAUGAUUGUAUUAUUGUUGGAGAGGGAACAAUCGACUGUGACCCAUCAGAAACGGAAAUUGUUCAUGAAAUCUUAGAUGACGAUGAGGAUAUUGAAGCAAUUAUAUAUUUCACUGCUAAAGAGCCAACACCUAGUAAACCACCAUCAACUAAAAAGUCUACUCGACCAUCAGAAGAAAUAUCAUUUUUGAAUUCCAUUGAUAUCCAAGAAAUGAAUUCAAAUAAAGAAAAUACAAAUUCAAAUAUUCGAUCACCAUCUAUUUCUAUUUCACCUCCUUCGCUCAAAUCCCAGAAUUUUGAUAAUGAUUCUGUAAAAUCUAGGGAAAUUCUAUCAAGAAAAUUUACAAGGAAAAAAAGUGUUAAUUCAAUUGUGGAAAUUAUUGAAGACACGGAUAAUACUCUCAGCUGUACUGCACUAGAUGUUAAUGAGUGGGAUAAAACAAAUUCAAAUAAUAACGAACCCGAAGAACCUUCUCGUAUAUUUGAAGGUUUAGUAACACCUCCGACUAGUCAUGAUGAUCAGCAUGGUUACGAAAGAGAUUUUCACAACGAACACAUCGAAAAUAGUUGUUAUAAACAAAACACCGAUAAUAAGGAAAUAGAAACUGGUCGCUUGACGCCACAUUCCACAAAUUUCAAUAAUUCAGAUUUUUGUAACAAUUCUAAUGAUGUUCAAGAAAAAUUAAUUAGUGAAUCCUAUACAUCACCUACCUCUCCUGAUAUAUCAAGUACAUGCAAACCAAGCGAUUUAAUCGGCGAAUAUGAACAAGAAACGGAAUCAGAACCAUCUGAGGAAAACAGACACACAACUAGUACUCCACUAAUUGAACCUGUUAAUGAAAAUUCCACAUUAAAUAGUUCUAUAGCACAUAGUAGUAAAGAAAAAAGCGUCUUUAGUGAUAUCCAAAUAGAAACCGCUUAUUCAAUGGAAGAUUUAACAGAAAACAAUCCAAUUGAAAACAAUCAUUCCUUGAAUGAAACUAUGAAAGAAAAUUGUUUUACUAAAGAUUCUACAGAAGGAAAUUAUCUCAUAACUAACGGUAUAGAAGAAAGUGUUCAUUUGAAUUGUUCUUCACAAGAUCAUUGUGCAAAUGAAGUUACAAGUUUGGAAAAUUUAAUGGAAGAUUCAGAAGAAUCCGAUAUAUUUAGGAAUGAUUCUCCAUCAUUCUUAGAUAACACGGUUACAGACAAUGUUCAAAAAGAAAUUAUUAAUAGUCCUCUGGAAAAAGAAAAUGUUGAUGUUCAAAGUAAAAGUCCCAAAAAUGUUGUAGAAGAACAAAGUGUCGCGGGCGAUACAUUAAAUUUGGAAAUAGCAAAUCCUUGUAUACAAGAGAAAACAAUAAUUAACGAACCUGUAAACGAUAAUAUUUUUAAAAGGAUGAAUGGAGAACACCCAGAACACAAUAAUGUUGUGGAAGCUGAGAAUGUAUCAACAAAACAGUUGACAGUUAGUGUACCUCGACUAGAUAUUAAAACCGAAAAAAAAAUGGAUGUUAUAUUCACUUCUAAACAGAGAAUUAAAAAAUUAGAAAAUGAAGUUCAUUUAAGGUAUAAUGAAUUGAAAGGAGAACAUGGUCUUGAUGACUGCUUCAGUGGUGCUAUCGAAAAAAUUAACUGUCAGCAAAAUAUUGUCACGAAUUUUGACCUUUUUGAUGACAGUAUUUCCAUAGAGGAACCCGAUAUUAACUUAACAUCGUUGAACAACUCAAAUUCCACCACGAGUCCUUCUAGUAUUGCGUCACCAGAAUUCGAUGGUGGGAUAGACGAUUUCAGGAACUAUUUGGUUAAUUAUCAGGAAACUGCUAAAAAGGCAUUAAAAAUCUCUCCCGUUUCUCUUUCAGUAGAUAAAGCAUCAAAAAUGAACAGUAUAGAGAGGCCUGUUCGAAGACUGAAGAGUGACACGAAUAAAAACGUAUUAGCUCCCCAAUUAAAAAGAAAGAGGAUAGCGUUCGCAGAUGAAGAUAUUGUAAAUACCACUAGUACCCAUAAGCCCAUCAUUAAUAGCCCAAACCAAAUACAAGGGAUUUUGAAAAAGACAACUGUACAAUCACCAAUACUAAAAAUUCCUAGAGAGCAGAUGAAUCUCCAAUCUUUGGCUCAGUUCCGGGUCAAACCGACAGAUUAUUAUCUACAAAGUAAUCCCUGUGUAGUGAUAGAAAAGUUAAGUGAAAUGGAAAUUAAAGAAUGGCAGCGAGUUAGUGAAAAAACACGAAGAAAACGCUUACUUAAGCAGAAGCCUGGUCAACCGUUUUCAUCGGUGCCAAGUAUGACAAUGUUUAGGGUGGAUUAUGACAAGCAGGCUCCUUUCUUAUCGUCAUCUGUCACAGUCCGUUACAGAGCUCCAGAAGAUCAAAAUUGGAGAUCUAAUACACGCGAUCCCAAAAUAGAUUCACAAGAAGAAGGUAAUUUGGCAUAUAACGGACGAAAAAAUGGAAAACGGAAGGUGCAAAGCCAAUCUGUUUCCAGUCCACAACAAGUGCGAAAAAGAGGGAGACCACGAAAAAAGACGUGAUAGUGCACAGGAAAGAAAAAAGAAUUUAGCCAGUAGGAAAAAACGUUAAAGCGAUAGCAAAUGGCAUAAUAAAACUAUACAAAUUUAUCAUUUUUAAAUGAUGUGUUUGGAAAACAAUGAAAAAAACAAGGAACUGUUAUAAGUAUUAUCAUAGUUACGGUAAAGUUUUGUUAAUAGGGGAAAUGAUUAUUUAAAAUUGAAAAGAAAAUAAUAAGUUUCUUUCAUAAGUUUUGAUCCGUCAUUUAGUCAGAUAAUUAGUAGAGAACCAAACUGUACAUUUAAUUUCAGAAUUUUAUAUAUGUACCAGUGAUGUUCGAAGAGCACAUUCCAUUUGGUAUAAAAAAAUUUAUUGUCCAAAUAUCUAAUCAUUUUUCGAUAUAGCUUCCUUGAUUUGUCAGUCACAGCAUAAUAUACAUUUUUGUUUACCGUCCUCGUAGAAUGUUUUACCUUCAGAUGCCGAAACAAUGCUAAUAGUGAAAUUCAGGUGUACGGGGAAUUGUUAAAAAACUUCUCAUGCAAGUCUUUAAAAUACAUUUUUACUGAGGUCUGGCAUUAUUCUGUAUUUUUGAGCAAAAACACCCAACUCAGUAGCAAGUUACAAUUUGGUUCAAUACUUAUUGACUAUUAUUUUUUUCGCCUUGAAAUAAUAGCUAAACUUUACCCAAGGCUUUUUUCAAUUUUAAAUGUCUAAAAAGACCAAACAAAGAGCAAAACAACGUCCACAUUGUCUUUAAAAUCCGUAAAAUUAUUUAGAUUAAUUUGAAAUUUCUAGAACCUUUGGUGAUAUUCGUACUGAACACACUGCUUUCUGUUACCAUCAACACUCACAAUUACACUGUCUGACGCGCGUUUCGAUAACCAAAUUAUCAUCCUCAGAGACCGACAGUCCAAUUGUGCAUGUUGGUGUAAUAGAUAUUAAGUUAUACAUUUUAAUUAAUAAGACCAAUCGCCCACGAUGCAACUGUUUUGAAAUAAAGGUUGCAAACCAGUUGAUCUUGUAUCAGUUUUGCAAUCAAAAUAAAACUUUUUAGCGCACACGGAUACGACUCCUAAUCAGUAUUAAAUCAGUUGGUACAGCAGGGAAACCUAAUGUUUCAAUGUAUUCAGACUCAGGUGAGGAAGAAGUUAUCGAUUAUUAUCAAUACCGCUGGGUUACAGAGAGAAUAUUAGAUCCUUCCUAAGUCAAAGUGUGAACUCUAGAUUGUUCGUAACAGCACAAAACCUAUCUCAAAUGGAUAGAACGUUUAUAGCUUUUAUCGAAUGUCGAUAAUCAAAUGAAACAACUGCGACCUCGGUUUCAUGGUCAUGUACAAUCGAUUGCAAACUAGUUUCAAUUGAGUCACCUCACCUAGAUCAACUGGUUUGCAACCUUUGUUUCAAAACAGUCGGACUUAACAAAUUUAUUAAAAAUUUUCCCUAAUAGAAACUGAUAAUGUCUAAGAUCUGAAAUCGUAAACUUAAGUUUCGGCAGUUCCUUUCUAUGAGCGCUAUAUUAUCCUCGUUUCUAGAUAACCUAAGAAUAAUGUACUAAUUUGGAUAUCUACCAUUUUUCUCCCCAUAUAUAAUUAUGGACUGAUUACUUUUAAAUAUUAUUUAUUGCUCAAAGAUUAAUGUGCAAUAGUGUACGAUGUUUUGUUUGAGUAUAUUUUAUUUUUUUUUAUUAUUUAUUUUCCAAUUGAUGUUUUUCACCAUUUUUAUUUUUUAUAUUGAUUUCUCUCAGAUUCAUGCUAAUUAUAAUUUGCAAUUUUAUUUGCGAUAAAAUUGCAUGUUUAAUGCCAAGUGUAAGACUACUAGGGCUUCCAAAAGUCAUUACUAUUAUUAUGUUAUUUUUGAUAAAUAUUUAUAAUAUCGAAUUAAAAAUGUUUAUAGUUCUAUAUAGUCUAGAUAAUAAUAAAAACUACUUCAACAAAUUUACUACUUUAAUAACAUUGGCAGAGCUUGGGGCCCUGUAGUCACUACGUAGGUGUUAAUGUAAAUUUGAAUAUAAGUUAACAUAUUGUAUUAACCAUAUAACUGGAUAUAUGUUAAUGUCCUUUUAAAAAUCAAAGGGAACUUUUAUUUGUAAGAAUCAACUGUUUGCAUGAACACCUUAUUGCCUUCAAUUUAUUUGCUAAUCAUUAAAAGUUUUCGAUCCAAGCAUUGCGAAAGAUAUAUUAACAUACAGAUUUCAAAUAUAUCAAAUAGUAAGUUAUUCUAUUGAGAGAUUCCAUUUUAACUGAAAUUUUAUGUCUUCUUCAAUAACUUUCUCCCUCCUAUUAGAUUUUGUCUCAACCCCUUUUCUUAUAUUAUUCUUUUAACAUUUCUGUAGUCGCACUAACUUUGUUGCACCCACCUCUUUUGAUCUGAAAUAAAUAUCUCAGUAUUUCUAUGUGUUAUAAAAAUUAGAACUGAUUUUGUUCUAUCGCUACUUCAGCCGACGUUAUUGUUAAAUUUUUCGGUGAAAAAGUCCAUCCAUUCUCUCGAUUUUAUUUUGGAGUUCCCAUUUCCAUUGCUUUGCAAUAUUACUUUUAUUUAAUGUCUUUGAUUCCUCUUUAAAAGUUAAUGCAGAUUUUGCAACUUUGUAAUUUCCUGGAUUUUUAAUUCUUGGGAUAUUUUUUUGCUCUAAACCAUUUGUACCUAUCACUCUUUUCAAUUUUUUAUAUUUUGUCACCCCUUUCCAUUUUGUUUUCUCCUUCCAUGAUUAUGUUGUGUGCUGCUCUAGUAUUUAUUGUUAUAUUUAUAUUUGUGAUCCUUUCGCUAUAUUUAACGUCCUAUUUGUCUCCUUUUACUAGAUUAUUUCAUGAUUAUUAGAACUAUAUACAUAAAAAUAUCCUUGACUUCUGAAAUUCUUUUUAUGUAAUGACGAAAUUUGGCAUUGACGAUUUUGAGUAAACCAAAUUAAAAUUCUCCAAAACAAUGUUCAUUACAUUUUUUUCUUUCUAGUAUCAAGUUACAAUUUUAUUUUUAUAGUUAUCAAAUGUUAUUAACAUAUUGCUACUGGUCCCACGAGUAAACUUUUAUAUAGAUCAACAUACCAAUUCCAAACCAUAAAGAAGAAAAAAUUCUUCAGGUCUUUACUUAUUACUCUAUUUGAAAUAAAUGGAAUAAUAAAAUAGGGGUAUGGAAUGGAGUUGAUGUUGUAUCGACCACUAACUUAAUUGGGAAUUGCUGGAACCGUGAUAUUCAUACUAUUUAUGCUACCACUACUUCAACAUUUUCAAUUACACUGUUUGUCUUGGUUAUCAAAAUGCGUUAAUUGUUAGUGUUGUAGUGAUAGCGUAAAAGGUGUGUUCUGAAUAUUAACCUAUUGCUAUAAAAACUUAAUAUGUAGCAAUUUAGGUAUUGCUUGGAGUAACUUUUCAAUUAUUAUAUACGGAAUUCUUGUUGCAAUCAAAAUUAUGAAAUUAUUUCUGACGAAACCAAAAGUAGAUUGUCAACAUGUUUACUUUUUCAAAUGACUCGAUUGAUACUAGUGAAGAACUGAGAAAUUUAGCAUGUUUUGAAUAUUUUAGCUCAUGUUUCUUUUUCAUUUAAAGUAAAAGAUACCUUCCUUUAUAGACCAGAUACAACAAAUGAUAUUUUAAUUUAAUGGUUCCUUAUUUUUAUUUCUAAAUUAAUUAGUUUGGUUACACAAGGCUAACAUUAAUAAUUUAUUUGUCUAUAUGGAUUCAUAUAUUUAAUAAAAUUUGGUGGAAUUAUAUUUUUCGUCCAUUAUAAUGCCAUAUUUUUUUGUAUUGUAUUUUUCGCAAUGUACGGAGUGACUUAUAAACAGAAGUUAGUACUUUGUGACAGUAUCUUAAACAAAAUAAAAAGCAGUCAUCAAACACAUUUACUUCCCCAUGACUUUCUGGUAUAGUUCCAAUAAAUUACUUUUAUGACUUUGUAAACAAAAAUUCCAAUGUGUAUGAGAAGUUUGAUAACUGCUUUAUAGCUAAAAAUGAGUAUUCAACAUUGAUGUAUGUGCAUAUAAGUUUAUUUUGUUUUUUAUAAUCUUUGAAUUUUCUGGUAUCAUUAACAGUAAAGUGAUAGAACCUUUAUAAUUGAAUAAUAAACACAAAUAUCUUUUUGGGUAGGUACAGACGCGUUGUAUAAAUGUAUCAGUGCACUUCUGAAUGUAACAGAAGAAUCACACAUUUAUGAAUAGAUUUAGACUUACAGUGGGUAUCACGUUGUCUUUUCUAUUACUGCUUCGAGUUUUUUAGCUUUGCUUUCUCUUCUGUAGAUUCAAUAGUGUGAUUGAUUUGGAAAAUUAGGCGAUAGAAACCCUUAAAUCUGUACCUGAGAGCUAGGGGAACGUAAGUCAUAAACAACUAACUUCAUAAUCAAACUCCAAAACCCUCAAAUUUCACUCUUUUACAUACAUAACACAAACGAGAGGACAGUAGUCUUGAUAGUUCUAUUUACAUUGUACUCAAUAAUGAAAAAUACGAUUUCUUUAAAAAAUUAGAAAAUAUAGGACUUUCGUUAUUGUGUAUCAAAAUGAAAAUUCAACAUUUGGACUUUAUAAUAAAUUCGAUAUUAAAUCUUCGGUAUUUUUAUAUUCAUUUUUGUAACAUUAUUGUUAAGCUUAAUUUACUACAAGCAGUCCUCUACUUAAAGACCGAUUAUUAUUUAAAAAAAAACCGAUCGUCACCGAUCCACAGCAGCUUAAAAUUUACAAGCAAAUAGUAUGUCACACUAAUUAAGGCUGCUUGACAUGAUGCAAUGCGCUAUAUUGAUGAAUUUCAGCUAAUUGUUUUUCAUGCAGGCAGCAGAUAUAAUUAUUGACAGUAAUCCACUAAUCAGUUUUUCAAUUUGUUAUUUACAUAGUUUUGUUAUUUUAAUUACAUAAUAUUAAUCACAUAAUAUUUUAUCAAAUUUUAGGUAAGUUAUUUUUUGAAUCACUUAUGGAAUUUUUGUUAGUGGCAGCCAUGAUGCAAUAGCAAGAGACUUUCAUAAUGUCAAGCGACGUGCAAUAUUUAUCUAUGGAAUAAUUUGACCUUGACCAUGACAAGCGGCUUUUAACCUCAAAAAUUCGGUAUCAAAUUAGUUGAUAUUGUAUAGAAUAAUGGAAUUGAGGUCCUAAGUGAAGUUACUUGUUUGUAGCUCUACACAGUAAAAGAACUUGAAUUCGUAUAAUUAUUACUAUAUUUUAAAAAUGGAUAUUUGAAUUACUAUAUUUAUUGUUUUGUAGAAGCAAACACUAACGAAAGACUUACAUUCCUCUCGAUAGGUAUAAAAAUAUUAAUUUACGUGGAAAAUACAUGAUUUCACACGCGAGAGCAGUUAAUAGUAACCUUUAGGAAUUCAUUAAUAGGUGCAAAAUUCCAUAUCAACUUUUGUAAUAAAUUCCAAGUGAUAUAUUCAUACUUUUUCCAUAAAGGUAAAAACAAUCCUAACGCGAACAGCUACCGUUAAAUUCGUUUGUUUACAGAAGAUAAUGGAACCCUAAUUUGAAGAGAAGGCUUACUGCUAAAAUCUUGGAUUGUAGUGUGCGUAAUUCUUCUGUAGCAUCACCAGUUAUUUAGUAUUUAGCCACGACUCAAUCUUUUAAUAAUGCGCCAUACGCCAUACUAGUAAAUUGUAAAUUUCAUAUGUUCAUUGAAAAAAUUCCUUACUAUCCUGUUUUUAAGUCAAAACACAACAUAAUCAACUAUUAUGUUUUUUGUUAUUUUAGUCGUAGGUUAGUAAGUAGAAAUUUUUCUACAGAAAGGAAAUCAUUGAUUAAUAAUAAAAAGAAAUUAUGCUUAUAUAAAAUAUGAAAUCAUGCUAGACAACACUGAAACUUGUGGUUUAGUAAUAAUUUCUUCUUGUACAUAUUGUGAAUAUAUUGUACACUAUAAGCUUUGUCAAUGUGGACUACUUAGAGCUAAACACACUAGGGUCUAUUCUUCAGUCGUGCAUUAGAGAUUAAGAGACGGAGUGUGCACUAAAUUAAAUUAGAAACGCGUCUGUGGUUACCAUAAGGCAAAUCAGGAUGUAGUUUCCACUGCAGACCAAAUUAACGGUUUUGCUGAAAAUUUAUCACAUUACUUUGGAAUAUCAAUUAUGAUUAUUUCCUUUCUACUUUUUGGUGCAGGGAUGAUGGAUUAUUUGUUUUAAAAAAUUAGCUAUAGGGUUACAUGAAGCUACUUUUGGUCUGCCUCGGUCUCUUUUAGUAAUUCUAUUACUAUCUACAAUAAAUAUAUUUAAAAUGCACAAGGUGUGUCUAAAAAGUUCGGUAAAUUGUAUUAGAAAAGAAACAAAACAAAUUAUAGAAAUAAGUUUUAUUAGCCUUCAAAGUAGUCGCCAUUAUUCAUAUUUUGAUAAAACUUCUAGAACAUGUCAGUGAAUACCUCUUUCGGAAUCGAUCGAAGAACGGAUAUCACACAUCCUUGGAUGGCCGACACGGCUGCUAAACGUGUCUCUUCACCAAAUGAAGGAAAUACGGUGGAUGAUCGUGAUCAGUUAUGCCACGUCGAUCCAAAAAUUGACACAAGUGAAUUGCAGAGUAGGCAGGCGCGCACACACCUCGUAUAAUUUGUCUCCUAUUGUUACUUUUUCUUUUGGUUUUGUUCCUUUCCUAUUAUCAGUACUUUUGCUAGAUAACUCGAUCUAAACUAUUUAGAAUUAAAAACAAAUGAGAAAGAACUGUAUGGGAUUAUAGAUUUAGCUGAUUAAAUGUAGUUAAAUGCAAAUUGGGGCAAACAUCCUGUGGAAUAAUGCCAUUAAAAGAGAAAUUCUAUUGUCACUUCUGGUAAUGAUUUUUGAGAAUUAAGGAACAAUAAGGAUUAUGAUUUUUAUAUAAGACGUUUAUCUCAUCGCAUUGCAUAUCGAUGUUUUAUCCUCUAUUAUAUGUGAAAAUUGUAUGUAACGUAACUUGUUAUAUGCCACUGUCGCUACGUUAAAAUUGAAUUAAUUUUAUGGCGUUAGAAAAUUCGAUAACUGUUGGAAAAGUUUCUCUCGCUGUUACAAGCGUUUUAUCUGUGAUUUAAUAUUAAUAUAUACUAUUAUUAAUGGUUCAUUGUAAAUGGAAUGGAAUAGUUAUGUAAAUAUAUAAAUAGAUUUGUUUAUACAAAGUAUUUUGUUGUAUAAAAGUACUGUCUUAAGUGUGUAAAGUACAAAAUGUUUUUAUACUUCUGUUUGAAUUUCUUCAAUUUCAGUGUUCUGUUAUUUUCCAGUAAGCGAAUGAAACAUGUAAUUAAAAAUAUUUUUCUUCUCUAAAUAAAAUACAUUUUCUUCAUGUGA